AUGAAGAGCAUGGCUAAGGCGCCGGAGGGAGAAGAGGAAGCCUUCCUGCAGCCCUCUCAGAAGGGGUCUCCCGGGCUCCAGGAGGAUUGCUAUGCGGGCCUGCUGGGGAAGGCCUUGCUCUCCUAUCCCGACCAGGGACUCUGCGCCCCGGCGCUGCAGCGAGCCAGUUCGCUGGACAGCCGAGAGCAGGGCGACCUGGAGCCUGGGCUGCCCAUUGGGAUCAAGUCAGAAAUACAUUUUAACAGUGAAGCCCUUUCCUCGGAAGAGGAGGAUACAGAUAUUCAUGACAGUAAAAUAAAACCCUUCGACAAAAACCUGUCUCCGAAGAAAACCAUCACGCAGAUUAUGAAGGAUAAAAAGAAACAGACCCAGCUCACCCUUCAGUGGCUGGAAGAAAACUACAUCGUGUGUGAAGGAGUUUGUUUACCGAGGUGCAUCCUUUAUGCACAUUAUUUAGACUUCUGCAGGAAAGAGAAGCUAGAACCUGCCUGUGCUGCAACGUUUGGGAAGACCAUUCGCCAGAAAUUCCCCCUGCUUACCACACGGCGGCUUGGGACAAGAGGCCAUUCAAAGUAUCAUUAUUAUGGAAUCGGCAUUAAAGAAAGCAGUGCAUAUUACCACUCUGUGUAUUCUGGAAAAGGGUUGACAAGGUUUUCUGGAAGCAAGUUGAAGAAUGAGGGUGGCUUCACUAGGAAAUAUUCUCUUAGUUCCAAAACUGGAACACUCCUUCCAGAGUUCCCCAGUGCUCAACACCUUGUGCUUCAAGGGUGCAUUUCUAAAGAAAAGGUAGAUACCCUUAUCAUGAUGUACAAAACACACUGUCAGUGUGUCCUUGACAAUGCAAUUAAUGGGAACUUUGAAGAGAUUCAGCAUUUCUUACUACAUUUUUGGCAAGGAAUGCCUGACCAUCUUCUUCCCCUGCUUGAAAAUCCUGUUAUCAUUGACAUCUUCUGUGUUUGUGACUCAAUACUCUACAAGGUCCUCACAGAUGUACUCAUCCCUGCAACAAUGCAAGAAAUGCCAGAAAGUUUAUUGGCAGAUAUAAGAACUUUUGCUAAAAACUGGGAACAGUGGGUUGUUUCAUCUCUAGAAAAUCUACCAGAAGCUCUGGCAGAUAAGAAACUGCCUAUUGCACGAAGAUUUGUUUCCGCUCUGAAACGACAGACAUCAUUCUUACACCUAGCUCAGAUUGCCCGACCAGCCCUCUUUGAUCAGCAUGUGGUGAAUUCCAUGGUGGCUGAUAUUGAGAAGGUAGAUUUGAAUAGCAUUGGGUCUCAAGCUCUUCUCACAGUCUCAGGCAGCAUGGAAUCUGAUGGGGAAGUCUACACUGAAUAUGACUCUAUUACAGUGUUCCAAGAACUGAAGGACCUGCUAAAGAAGAAUGCCACUGUGGAAUCAUUUAUUGAAUGGUUGGAUACUGUGGUUGAGCAAAGGGUUAUCAAGGCAAGCAAACAAAAUGGGAGGUCACUGAAGAAGAGAGCUCAAGAUUUCCUUCUCAAAUGGAGCUUUUUUGGUGCCCGAGUCAUGCAUAAUCUCACCCUAAACAACGCAUCAAGUUUUGGUUCCUUUCAUUUGAUCCGUAUGCUACUAGAUGAGUACAUCCUGCUAGCCAUGGAGACCCAGUUCAACAAUGACAAAGAACAAGAACUCCAGAAUCUGUUGGACAAGUAUAUGAAGAAUUUGGAUGCAAGUAAAGCUGCCUUUACCGCAUCACCAAGCUCUUGCUUCCUAGCAAACCGCAACAAAGCUGCUACCCUUCCUAGUGACACGUCAGUCAAAAAUGAGUGCCUUGCAGAGCAAACGUAUGUGUCAUUGUCAGCCAACCAGCACAGCAGUUUAUAUUCUGGUUUGAACCCCUUCUCCACUGGGGACAGUGAAAAUAUGCAGCUAACAGGUCAGCUGGAGCUCUCUCAAAGCACUGGUCAUCUGAUGACGCCACCAAUUUCCCCAACCAUGGCCAAUCGAGGAAGUGUUAUCAACCAGGGCCCAAUGGCUGGGAGACCGCCAAGUGUAGGCCCAGUGUUAUCCACACAUUCACACUGCUCUUCCUAUUCAGAGCCCCUUUACCAGACAUUGUCACAAACCAAUCAGAGCUAUUAUGGAAGCAAUUCCAACUACCAGGCCAUGUUCAGGCCCCAGACCUCUACCCCUUCAGGAGUUUAUCACCACAGGGCAGAGCACAGUCGAUUUUCAGCCUUGAGUGAGCAGCAAUUCUCCAGAGACUACUUCAGUAGCAGUUGUGCUGUGUCUCCAUACAAUCCCAGGUCUCCCUCCAACUACGGUCCCUCCUCGACUACACAGGACACACACAAUAUGCAGUUUUUGAACACUGGGAGCUUCAAUUUCCUGAGCAAUUCAGUGUCUGCUGCCUGUCCAGGAGCCACAUAUCCCCCUAAUGCUUCCAAUGGAUACUAUGGAAACAACAUAAACUACCCAGAAUCCCACAGACUUGGCUCAAUGGUGGAUCAGCAUGUUUCUGUAAUCAGUAGUGUAAGCAGCAUUCGACCACUGCCGCCAUACAAUGACAUUCAUGACCCACUCAACAUCUUAGAUGACAACGGAAGAAAACAGGCAGGCUCAUACUAUACAGAUUCCUCAUCUUCAAUAGUCUGUCGGACCCCCAUAACUUCAGAUAUGCAAACUGCAAUAUCUACAUCCUCCUCCCAGUGCAUGUACGGAACAUCUAACCAGUAUCCUUCUCAGGAAACCCUGGACUCCCACGGACAGCCCAAUAGAGAGAUGGUGUCAUCUUUACCACCAAUCAACACUGUCUUCAUGGGAGCUGCUGCUGGAGGCACUUGAAUUAGGAGUGGCAUUUUAUUUUUUUACAUUUUUCCAGUUCUAGCCUCUGAUGGUUUUGUUAGUUGUCAAAUCCCAUCAAUGACUGGGAUGAAAAAGUAUUAAAAAUUGGUCUUAAGGAACCCAUCCUGAAGAUAUUAACACCCAAACAGAAAACAAAUUGUAUUCAGAUUGUGUCCUGCACAUGAAUUGCUCAGAAAUUGUCAUCAUCAAUGCGGUUCUGAAGUCAUAACUUCAAAGUGAGCAGAAGGAACCAAUGAUUCUUGCAAACACAUCUCAGCUGUGAAGAAACAAUUAUUCCCAUUUUUAAUUUAUUAAAUACACCGCUUCAGUCUUUCACGUAAACCUUUUUUGUAUAAAAAUUGUUUAUUUAAUGCCUGUGAUGCUUGUUAUUUAUUAGGAUUGCAGAGUCACUGUUUACUUUCUCUUGUUUGACAAAUAGUCAAAUGUAUGUUUUCUACCUCCUAUGGAAAUGUUUACAAGGUCAAUUUUUUACUGCUUCAAAUCAAUCUAAAUCAAAAAUUCUUAAGUUUUCUACUGUUGUGCAUUAAAAUGUCAAUUUCAAAUGCUUAGUGCCUUAUGCUCCUACUUAUGUUAAAGUUAGAGUCCACAAGAAUUAGCCAUGUUAUAGGGAAGGUUUUUCUUUUAAAAUAAUACACCUCUACCCCAAUAUAACAUGACCCGAUAUAACAUGAAUUCGGAUAUAAUGCGGUAAAGCAGUGCUCUGGGGGUGGGGGCUGCAUGCUCCAGCAGAUCAAAGCAAGUUCGAUAUAACGCGGCAAGAUUUUUUGGCGCCCGAGGACAGCGUUAUAUCAGGGUAGAGGUGUAAUAAUAAAACUUUAAACACCUUUCCUAUUUAAAUCCCACCUUUAGAGACUGCAAACAUUAUCCUCUAAAUAU